AUGGAUUGCUUUGCUCCGCAUACGCGCUCCAAGCAAGAAUGUAGACAGCCUGUGGUGAGGAUUUAUAUGCACAGCGAUGCAGAGAAUAGAUGCCGUGUGAAAUUUCGUGCUCUUGGAAAGAAAACGUGACUGCCACAUGACGGCGCUAGUGUCGGGGCCAGGCCCCUCUUUAGGGGCAGGGGCCCUGCUCGGAUCCGUCCUCAGCGUCCUCCUCUUCCUGCACACGACCAACGCCGGCUUGUAGUGCCGCGUUAUGAAAACGCAAAUAUAGCGUCCCAACAGGGAAGCUUGGCAGUGCUCUCGAGCAGUAACUGCGCUCGCCGGCGCGGGGCUGCAGGGCAGUCGCGGAAGAGGCCGCCGCCGCCGCCGCCACCGCCGUCACGGCUGCCUGCCCGCGCUGCCAGCGCGCCGCAGCACCUCCGCGGCCACGGAAAAGGGAGGGGGUGCGGGGCGGCGGGCGCCGGGCGCCGCGGACGUGAGUCGCCUGCAGCGCCUCUGGCGGCGGCGGAGCGCGGGGUCGACGCUUGCUUGAUGCCGUCCUCAGGCGAGGAACUGGGCCAGCGCCGGCGCCCUCUACGUCCUCUGCUGGCUAUUUGCCCUCGGUGA